CCGUUCCCCGCUCCCGGCUCCCGUGCCGCUCCCCCGGUUCCCGUCCCGUUCCCCUCGUUCCCACCUCGCCGCACUGCCCGCGGGCGAUGCGGUGCUCCCGGCGCAGGGCAGGCGGGCCGCGCCUGAGCUCCUCCUGAGCGCUCGCAGCCGUUCCCUGCAGGAGCUGCCUCCCUCCGUCCCGCCAUGGAGCAGCCGUACGGCGGGCAGGCCCUAGCCGGCGGCGGCGCGCUGGGGCCCGUGGAUGUGCCCAGCGCCCGGUAACGGCGGCGGGGGGGGAGCGGCCGCUCUGCUGGCUCCGGCGGGCGGCUCCUCGCCGUGCCUUCUUCAGGGGGGCAGCGGGCAUCGCCCCCCGCCCUCCCGGGGGCCGGCGGCCUUGGCUGAGGCGUCGGGCCCAGGCGGCGGCGUGGCGGGUGCGAACCGGCCUCUCUCCUUCUGCAGGCUGACUCGGUACAUCGUGCUGCUGUGCUUCGCCAAGGUUUUGAAAGCCGUGGGGCUGUUUGAAUCCUAUGAUCUUCUGAAAGUGGUCCACCUGGUGCAGUUUAUCUUCGUAGUGAAGCUGGGGUCUGCUUUUUUUAUGGUUUUGUUUCAAAAACCAUUUUCUUCUGGAAAAGUAAUAACCAAGCGUCAGUGGAUCAAAAUUUUUAAGCAUGCUGUUGUUGGAUGUGUCAUUUCACUCUUGUGGUUUUUUGGCCUUACUCUAUGUGGACCGCUGAGGACAUUAUUACUGUUUGAGCACAGUGAUGUGGUUGUGCUGUCACUCCUUAGUGUCUUGUUCACAAGCUCAGGCGGAGGACCAGCAAAGACAAGAGGUGCUGCAUUUUUCAUCAUAGCUAUCGUCUGCUUACUGCUUUUUGAUAAUGACGACCUCAUGGCUAAAAUAGCAGAACAUCCUGAGGGGCAUCAUGACAGUGCUCUUACUCAUGUUCUGUAUACAAUCAUUGCUUUCCUGGGUGUUGCAGAUCACAAGGGUGGAGUACUACUUCUGGUACUGGCAUUAUGCUGCAAGGUUGGUUUUCACAUGGCAUCCCGAAAACUAUCUGUAGAUGUAGGUGGAGCCAAGCGUCUUCAAGCUUUGUCUCAUCUUGUUUCUGUCCUUCUGUUGUGCCCAUGGGUUAUUGUUCUCUCUCUGACAACAGAGAGUAAAGUAGAGUCUUGGUCUUCUCUCAUCAUGCCUUUCAUAACAGUCAUCUUCUUUGUUGUGAUCCUGGAUUUCUACGUGGAGUCCAUAUGCUCUGUGAAAAUGGAAGCUUCCACAUGUGCUCGAUAUGGAUCCUUUCUUAUUUUCAUUAGUGCACUGCUUUUUGGAAACUUUUGGACGCAUCCAAUAACAGACCAGCUUCGAGCUAUGAACAAGCCACCACACCAUGAAAGCACAGAGCAUGUUCUUUCUGGAGGGGUGGUAGUGAGUGCUGUCUUCUUUGUUUUAUCUGCCAAUAUCCUGUCCUCCCCCUCCAGGAAAGGGCAGAAGGGUACCCUUAUUGGCUAUUCCCCUGAAGGCACUCCUCUCUAUAACUUCAUGGGUGAUGCAUUACAGCAAAGCUCCCAGUCAUUGCCCCGGUUUAUUAAGGAGUCACUGAAACAAAUCCUUGAGGAGUAUGAUUCUCGACAGAUCUUCUAUUUCUUGUGCCUAAAUCUGGCUUUCACUUUUGUGGAGCUUUUUUAUGGAGUAUGGACCAAUAGUCUUGGUCUUAUUUCUGAUGGAUUUCACAUGCUUUUUGAUUGUUCUGCGUUAGUGAUGGGGCUUUUUGCAGCUCUGAUGACAAGGUGGAAAGCAACUCGCAUAUUUUCAUAUGGGUAUGGACGUGUAGAAAUUCUCUCUGGAUUUAUUAAUGGCCUCUUUCUGAUGGUGAUUGCUUUCUUUGUCUUCAUGGAAUCAGUGGCGAGACUGGUAGAUCCCCCAGAUAUAGAUACAAACAUGCUAACUCCGGUCUCUGUUGGAGGGCUGAUCGUAAACCUUGUUGGCAUCUGUGCCUUCAGCCACGCGCACUCCCACGGGGCUUCUCGGGGAGGCUGUCCCACACAUGAUCACAGCCAUUCUCACCAUGGCCACAGCCACAGCCACGGGCACGGCCAUUCCCACAGUGACCAUGGCCACAGCCAUGGACAUUCCCAUGGAUCUGCUGGAGGAGGCAUGAACACCAACAUGAGAGGCGUGUUUCUGCAUGUGUUAGCAGACACUCUUGGCAGUGUUGGUGUUAUCGUAUCCACAAUAUUUAUUCAGCAAUUUGGAUGGCUCAUAGCUGAUCCGCUCUGCUCUCUGUUUAUUGCUACACUGAUUUUUCUUAGUGUUAUCCCACUAUUGAAAGAUGCCUGUCAAGUGCUUUUGUUGAGGAUACCUCCAGAACACGAGAAAGAUCUGCAUGCUGCUUUAGAAAAGAUUCAAAAAAUAGAGGGAGUUAUAUCCUACAGAGAUCCUCAUUUUUGGUGUCACUCUGCAACUGUUGUGGCAGGCACAAUACAUGUGCAAGUGGUAUCAGAUGUGAUGGAACAGAGAAUUGUACAGCAGGUUACAGCAAUUCUGAAAGAUGCUGGUGUAAACAACUUAACUGUCCAAGUGGAGAAAGAAGCUUAUUUUCAACACAUGUCUGGACUCAGUACAGGAUUUCAGGAUGUCCUUGCAAUGACUCAGCAACUAGAAUCCAUGAAAUACUACAAAGAUGGUACUUAUAUCAUGUGAUAGAAAUUUGUAUUUGCCAAAGGAGAUGUAAAUGGUCAAGCUAAUGGAUUCCAUAUUUGUACUUUUGCUGGAAGAUCUUGCACAUAUAUGUACAGAAACAAAUGUACUAUAUAUUUCAGUUUUUGUAAGUGUACUAUCUUUGUUAAUUGGAUUGAGAUGCUUUUAUAAAGGAAAUAAGAAGGACUUGAAUACUUGCUGUAAAUGUGAAAAUAAUUGAAAUCUUAUAUACUAUACUUGGUGUUUAUUAAACAGAAGUCUUGAAACUUGCAGAUGAGCACAGAUAUAUUCCAUGCUUUCUCUAAAGUGUGGAACAUCGGUAUUUUGAUUUCUUCUUAGCAGUGGGAUAUAGAAGUACUUUAUAUUGGAACGUAAACAAUCAACUGGGCACUACUUUUCUGUCUUUCAAGGAUAGCUUGAAGACUCUUAGAAUGAAAAACCACUUUAUUAUGGGGAUUAAAAAACAUCAAGUCCUGUGUUUUACAUACUUUGUUAGAUAAUAGAAAUAUAAAGUUUUUAUAUUAUGUCUCAGCAUACAGAUCUAAUUUCUGCACUUCUAAUGCACCAGAGCAAAUAUAUGUUACCAUUUUACAUUUGUAUCAAACUAUUUUUAGAAGCAAAAUCCACAGAUUUAACAGUAAGAAAUAGGGAAGGGAAUAAAAAUGAAAACACUUUUUCCAGGGAAGACUCAGAAUCAUAACUCAAACCACUUAAAACUUUUUGUACUUUUUAUAUGAAUAACUGCAAAUGCAAUAUUUGAAGUCUGGAAGUAAUAAGUCAGUGAGCAUCCUAGCACUCAGCUGAACUUCAUCUCUUCAAGAUGUGUUAUCCUGUACUUUACUCAAUUUUUUUAGUAAUACCAUGACAGCUGCAAGUGUGCUGUAGCCAACUGUACCUCCAUGUAUUACCUAGGGAAGAAGUUCAGAUUUAGAAUGCUAAACUGUGAAAGUAGUCUUGGAUGUGACAAGUUGCUGAAAUGAACAGAAAAUUGAGACUUCUUGACGGAAAAGUGAAAGAGUGCCUUUAAGAAAGAGUUAUGGAUGCUGAGGACUUAAUACUGCAAAGAAAACAAGUCCAUGUGUUUAGUGAAAACCUGUCAAUGGGGUAAUAAAAUACAUCUUCAGAAGUA